AUGGCCAACACCACGUCCGCCGCGCGCCCAAAGCGAGCAGGCGAAGACUUUGCGCGCUCACACGACAACACAUCCAAGAAACCCCGCUUCGACUACCGCAACCCCAGCACCCUCGCGGCCGACGCGCCGGAAGAAGACCUCAUCCUCGACGCGGACGUGAUUGGGAAAUCCGGCGCUCAGACGAAACGGAAUGCAGUGAACAUCGAUGGGUACGAGUCUGAUUCGGAUAACGAUAAUUUCAACGCGCGAGCGGCGGAGAAAGAGAAAAGGAGGGGUGCGGAGAAGAAGAGUCUAGAUGAAGAGGAUGACGACAUGUUUGCGGAUCUGGAAGAGAAGGAUGGAGACGAGGAUGAAGAGAGAGCGCGAGAGGGGAAGAAAGGGAGGAAAGACGUGAGAUUUCAAGCCAUGGAGGAGAUUGAAGGACAAGUGAUGAAUAGUAAAAGCGGGGGACAUGUCUCUUCCGACCUCUUGAUGGGCAGCGGGAGGCAUCAGGGCAAAAGGAAAAGAGGAGAAGAAGAAUCGGAAUCGGAAAGCUCGGGCGACGACUCGGACCGCGAUCGACUCGAUCCCGAAAUGGAAACCGAUCUCGCGCAGGAAAUCGGAGCAGGAGGCAAGAAGAAACACGCCCCGCGAUUAGACGCCUUCAAUCUCCGAGCAGAAGAGGACGAAGGGCGAUUCGACGCGAGCGGGAAUUUCGUGAGGAAGGCGGUGGAUCCGGACGCGGCGAAUGAUAACUGGUUGGAAGGGCUGCGCAAGAAAGACAUGCGACGCGCCCGGGAAGCGCAGGAGAAGAGGGAAGACGACUUGCGAAGGAAGGCCAUCGAGGACGAUGCGGUCCUGACGUCGGAUCUCCUGGAUCGGUUGAUUGGGCGAUUGGAGACGGGCGAGACUCCGCUGGAAGCCCUGGCGAGGCUGAAUCGGGGCAAGACGAAGACGAAGAAGAAAGAGGCCAAGGUUCCCAGAUGGAAACUGAAACGCCUCCAGCAACAAAAGGAAAACCGCAUGCAAGUGGACGAUGAGCGCGCGGCAAAUGGCGCCGCCGCCGACGAUGGAAAGGCAACUCUCGCUCCCACCGCGGAGCAGGAGGAGGGGGAGGAGAAGGAGGAGGAGGAGGAGAAAGCGCGCAAGACGGCCGUCGAAGCCCUCACCGGCGCCGCGGACGCGCUCUACUCCCGCGGCCAGCACGAAAUCUACGAAGCGGAGAGGGAACUCCUCCUGCGGCAGUAUCGGCGGGAAACCGGCGAGGAUUGGAAGCCUGCCCCUGCCCCUGCCCCUGAGCAUCAUCAGCAGCAGCCCACUGGUGAGAAAGCAGCAGCAGCAGCAACAUCGAAUCUCUGGCAUUACCGCUGGAGCGAUGCGAGGGAUGGCGGCGAGGCACAUGGGCCCUACGACGGAGGUACGAUGAAGGCGUGGCAUGAUGCGGGAUACUUCGGCGAAGGGGUGGAAUUCCGACGGGAUGAGCAUGGGGAGUGGAGUAGGUUGUUGGAUAUCACUUGA